UCCCCAAGCCUGAAAUUCAGCCUCCACUCAGCGAUUAGUUUAGCACCACCCUGUCCUUCUUUAUUUCUAUUUCAUUUUCUUUUUUUUUUCUUUUUCUUUUUGUUGAGACUUCAGGGAAAUUGCCAGGACCUGUUUCAUGCAUGUCCACUGGCGGCAGGUUCAACUUUGACGAUGGGGGGUCAUACUGCGGCGGGUGGGAGGAAGGCAAAGCGCACGGCCAUGGGAUCUGCACGGGGCCCAAGGGCCAAGGGGAGUACUGUGGGUCCUGGGCCCAUGGCUUUGAACUUUUGGGCGUUUACACUUGGCCAAGUGGGAACACCUACCAGGGCACCUGGGCUCAGGGCAAAAGACACGGAAUGGGCGUGGAGAACAAAGGCCGUUGGGUGUACAAGGGUGAGUGGACGCACGGCUUUAAGGGGAGGUACGGCAUACGAGAGAGCACGGGGACGAGCGGGAAGUAUGAAGGGACCUGGAACAACGGGCUGCAAGACGGAUACGGGACAGAGACAUACUCUGAUGGAGGAACCUUUCAGGGCCAGUGGGUCGGUGGAAUGCGGCACGGUUACGGUGUUCGUCAGAGCGUCCCCUACGGCAUGGCGGCCGUCAUCCGUUCCCCGCUCCGCACCUCCAUAAACUCUCUGCGCUCCGGUUCAGACCACAGCAAUGGCACUGCGUUGUUAGACCGGACUGUGGUGGUGAAUCCAGUCCCUCCUUCUGCUCCUGGCACCCUGACCACCAGCGUGUCCAUGUGCAGCACGGGCAGCAGCGGGAGCAGCCCCGCGGUGUCUCGCGGAGGCUUCGUACUGACAGCUCACAGCGAAGCUGAGCUCCUGAAGGGGAAGAGGAAGGGCGGCCUGUUCCGGAGGUCCAUCCUGUCUGGGCUCAAGCUGAGGAAGUCAGAGUCCAGGAGCUCGUUGGCCUCUCAGAGAUCCAAACAGAGCUCAUUCAGGAGAGUAGUGUCUUCUGCGGCUUCAGAUAUCAACUCCACCAUCAGUCUCGGUGAUGCAGAUGCAGAGCUGGUCGUGGUCGAUGAUGACGUGGAUGCCACAACGACAGAGACCUACUCUGGAGAGUGGAAGAACGAUAAGCGGACAGGAUUUGGUGUAAGUCGGCGAUCCGACGGGCUGCAGUACGAGGGGGAGUGGCUUAGCAACAAACGUCAUGGCUACGGCUGCACCACGUUUCCUGAUGGCACAAAAGAAGAAGGGAAGUACAAGCAGAACAUUCUGGUGAGCGGGAAAAGGAAAAACCUGAUACCCCUCCGAGCCAGUAAGAUCCGGGAGAAGGUGGACCGAGCUGUAGAGGGAGCGCAGAAGGCAGCAGACAUCGCCCGACAGAAGGCCGAGAUCGCUCUGUCCAGGACGACUCACGCGCAGGGUAAAGCAGAAGCAGCGGUCGGAGCUGCGCAGAAAGCCCAGGAGGAGAGUCGCAUGGCCAGGGUCACCGCCAAGCAGUUCUCUCCUUCCUUCCAGCACCCAGGAAACGGGAUGGAGGUACAGCGUCCAAAGCGUCAGGUGUCCAGUGAGGUGGAGGGUGAAGGGGUGUCAAGUAGUGCCGGCACAACUGACAGCCCUGACCUUUACGUAAAGAGUGGGGCGUCUGAUGACCCCUCUAAUGAUGCUGCCACCCCUGACCUCAGUCCUCCUUCAUCGUCACCACCACACACGCCGCCUCCACCCACCCGACCGUCCCAGCGCACCAAGAGCGCCCGCUUCCACCGACAGAGCGCCGUAGACCAUGGAGACCGGGGAAAGGAGGGAGGAGAAAGGAGUGAGAAAGGUGGAGGAGGAAGAGGAGGGCAGACAGAGAUCCAGGUGUUGAUGGAGGCGGGUGGGGGAGGAAAAGGUGGAGAAGGAGGGAAGGGGGAGCAUUCCCAGGCUAAUAGCUGGAGUGAGGACAAGCAGAGAGGGAUGCUGUCAAAAAGUGGGGGGGGUGCAAGUGAACGAGGAGCAAACCGGACAAAUGAGCAUAAACACAGCUCCUCCAAUCACAAGUGUAGGGAGCACAGUUCAUCCAAUCACAGGCAGGCAAGGGGGGACAGGUGGGCAGAGUCCUCCUCAGCUGCCACUUGGACAUCCAGGCACAAGGGCAUGCACGGCAGGGGAGGCUGGCUACUGGAGCAGGAUGAGGAGAAAACUAGCAACUAUGAGAUGGAGAUGAAACCUUUACAGCCCAGAGACUCCAGUACCCGCAAGCCCCAUGGGCAUGGUGAGGAGAGGCACGGGCACACACAUGCACAUGCCCACAGUGAGGCACGCUUGCACAACGUGCAGCGACAAAGGCAUAAGAACCGUGAUGGGAGGGAGGGGGGUAAAGAUUCGAUGCACAAGCUGGACACCAUUCGAUCAGGGGAAAAGAUGGAUUCACGACCUUUACGUCGGGACCUCACCCUCUCUCCCCCUCUGAGGUCCUCCCCCAUCACACCAGACCAACAGGACCGCAGCCUCUCACAGAUCAAAGGCAACGCGGCCCACAGCUCUAUCCUGGUUGUCAUGGUGAUUCUGCUCAACAUUGGAGUGGCUAUUUUGUUUAUCCACUUUUUUAUUUAAAGCCGGCGCUGCUGUCAUGGUCGGCCUGUUUAUGCUAC